GUGGAAGAAGGGGGAUCUGGAGAAAAGGCAGCCCUGCAGCUACAACAAGGGGCAGAGGUUAAAUCUGUUGGCAUUUUGAUCACAAGUAUGGUCACUGCAUACCCUCUCCCUGAAGGCUUCACUGAAUUAGAGGUGUUUGCCAUCGGCACUGCCCUGCUGGUAGAAGCCUUGCUUGGUUUCUGUCUGAAUGGCUUGACAAUUAUUUCUUUCCGAAAAAUCAAAGAACUUCGAACACCCAGCAAUCUGCUGGUUCUCAGCAUUGCACUGGCCGACUGUGGGAUCUGCAUCAACGCAUUCAUUGCUGCCUUUUCCAGCUUCCUAAGGUACUGGCCCUACGGCUCUGACGGCUGUCAAAUUCAUGGAUUCCAGGGCUUCUUGACAGCACUAGCCAGCAUUAGCUCCAGCGCUGCCAUUGCCUGGGACCGGUACCAUCACUACUGUACAAGGAGCAAGCUGCAGUGGAGCACAGCCAUCUCCAUGAUCAUGUUUGCAUGGCUGUUUGCUGCCUUCUGGUCUGUGAUGCCCUUACUGGGAUGGGGGGAAUACGACUAUGAACCCCUCCGAACGUGCUGCACCCUGGACUACAGCAAAGGGGGCAGAAACUACAUCACGUUCCUUUUUGCUCUGUCCAUUUUCAAUUUCAUGAUCCCGGGCUUCAUCAUACUGACAGCCUAUCAGUCUAUACAUCAGAAGUUCAAGAAAAGUGGGCAUUAUAAGUUUAAUACUGGUUUACCAUUGAAGACACUGGUCAUUUGCUGGGGUCCCUAUUGCCUUUUAUGCUUCUACGCAGCAGUUGAAAAUGUGAUGUUCAUUUCACCAAAAUACCGCAUGACUGUACCAACGGUGGAUGCCUUUGUAUAUGCCCUGGGGAAUGAGAACUACAGAGGAGGAAUAUGGCAGUUCCUCACAGGACAGAAGAUUGAAAAAGCAGAGGUUGAUAACAAAACUAAAUAA